GGGGGCCUUGUGGAAAUGAGGCUUAAUGACAACGCGGCUUCUGGUGCGCCGGUGGCGAGAGUAGUGGACGCAUCUCUGUUCAGUCGCCACCAUCUUCAUUUUCUCUCAAGCUCACACUAAUUGGAUCAUUUGUACUUAGAACCCUCGAUUUCAUAUAGAACCUUUUUUUUUCAUUUGGAAAGCGUCUUGGACCUGCUUCCCAUUAAAGAUGUUCAAAAAAUUCUCAUCAGAAGAUGUGUCUGCACAAAACCAAGUGAAGGCAUCUGUUCAAAGGAAAAUACGACAGAGUAUUGCAGAAGAGUACCCAGGACUUGAACCAGUGUUAGAUGACAUUCUUCCAAAGAAGUCCCCUCUUAUAGUUGCUAAAUGUCAGAACCAUCUGAAUCUGGUUCUAGUGAACAACGUGCCCUUGUUUUUCAGUAUCCGUGAUGGACCAUACAUGCCCACCUUACGACUUCUCCAUCAAUAUCCUAAUAUAAUGAAGAAUUACAAGUUGACCGAGUGCAAUAAAUUUGUCUUGGCGGGUGCCAAUAUAAUGUGUCCUGGUCUCACAUCUCCUGGGGGUCUCCUGGAUGAGGGGGUGGAAGCGGAAACCCCUGUGGCAAUCAUGGCUGAAGGAAAGCAGAAUGCUCUCGAGUGCUCCAAACCUGAUGAGCACUUGGUGGACCGAAUGGGGACGCUGUCUUCUCUUUCGAUUACCAAUAUAACGUAG